CCCAGCGCUUCCAGCCAGAGGGCACAAACCUCGCGGGAGAAAGCGGAAGCAACUGCGACUCCGAAGUCGGCCCCAGGCUGGCUAAGACGACUCCUGGUGUGGAAACCGAGGCCCGCGAGCGCCCCGGCCCAGCCCGGCCUCGCUCAGGAAGCCGCUCGGCCUGGGAGCCACACGUCACAGCCCCCGCGGAGAACAGCCAUUCCCCCACCGUUGCCAAAGGACCAGUCCUUCCUGACCAGCAUCACCUUCUUGAAGGUUCUUCUCUGGUUGAUCCUUCUGGGACUGUUUGUGGAACUGGAAUUUGGCCUGGUUUAUUUUGUCCUGUCCUUGUUCUACUGGAUGUAUGUUGGGACACGAGGCCCCGGGGAGAAGAAGGGUGGAGAGAAAAGCGCCUACUCCGUGUUCAACCCCGGCUGCGAGGCCAUCCAGGGCACCCUCACCGCAGAGCAGUUUGAGCGCGAGCUGCAGCUUAGACCCCUGGCGGGGAGAUAGGACCAGCUCUGCUGUCAUCAGCUGGCCUCCCGCAGGACUCGGCCUUCCCAGCCCUUGGCCGUGGACAUGUGGGUUUGUUCAGGUGCCCCAGACUAAGGACAGCUGCGGGUUAGUCCUGUGACCUUGCAGUUCACCUGCUUUCCCUGAUCUCUCCUGCAGUUUUAUCUUCAAACUUCUCUUUGGUUUUGGUGAAACUCCCUGAAAGAUAUUCAGUGUGGGUCUGAUGCAAUUUAUAAAAAUUACAUACUCGAGAGGAGACCUGUGUGUCUCAUCACUUAUAAGAUGAUUUAGGGCACUACAAAGGCACUGGGGUGACGACUGGGUAAAAACCCAGCUGUUUGUUGUGAUGAUCCGACUAUACAUCGAAAGUAAAUGUUCUCUUUAAGUCUUUU